AUGUUUAAAUAUUUAAUAUUAUUAUUAUUAAUUUCAUUAUGUUAUGGUUAUAAAAUAUUAGUAUACAAUCCAAAAUUAAGUCAUUCACAUACUCAAUUUACAGGUAAACUUGCAGAUAUUUUAGCUGAAAAUGGUCAUGAUGUGCUUGUUUUACAACCAUUACAAAAUUUUAUUUUAAAAGGAAAUGGAUCAAAAAUAGCUAAAAUUAGGCAAAUUGAAACAAAUGUAUCUAUUGAAGAAAUUAAAAAAAUUAAUGAAGAAUUUGAAAAAAAAAUAUGGUCUACAACAUUAUCAAAUCCAUUUUCAUUUUAUAAAAGUUUAUCUAAAAUAUUUCAUUUAAUAAAAGAAGAUUGUAAAUCAUUAAUAAAAAAUAAAGAAUUACUUCAACAAUUAAAAGAUGAAAAAUUUGACAUUGGUUUAGUUGAACAUAUAGCUCCAUGUGGUUUUGGAUUAUUUAAAUUAUUAAAUAUAGAAAAAAUUGUAUCAUGUACAGUUGUUGGUGUAAGAGAUUAUGAUGAAAUUGGAUUAAAAUAUCAAAGUAGUUAUACUCCUACAACUUUUAAUACUCGUGGUGAAAUAAAAAAUUUAUAUGAUAGAAUAUAUAAUUUAGGAAUGUAUCAUCUUUCAACUUUGACAUCUUCAAUUGGUUUUUUAGGUGCAAGUCAAAAUGCUUUUGAUGAAAUAUUUGGUAAAAAUAUUUAUAAUAUAAAAAAUAUUUAUUAUAAAACAUCAUUUACAAUAAUUAAUUCACAUCCUCUUCUUGAUUUUCCUCAUCCAAUAACAUCAAAAAUUUUAUCAAUUGGUGGUAUGAUUGUACCAAAAUUUAAAAAUGUUACCAUAGAAUAUGAUGAAAUAUUUAAUUUAAGAAAAAGAACUGUUUUAGUAUCAUUUGGAAGUAUUGUUAAAUCAUCAUUAAUGCCAAAUAAUACAAAAAUUGGAAUGUUAAAUGCAUUUAAAUUAUUUCCAGAUACAACUUUUAUUUGGAAAUUUGAAGAAGAAAAUAAUUGGAUAAGUAAAAAAUAUCCUAAUGUAAUAUUAAAAAAAUGGAUACCACAAGUUGAUUUAUUAAAUGAUAGGAGAUUAUCAUUAUUUAUUACACAUGGUGGUUUAAAUAGUUGUUUAGAAAUUGCAUAUUCAGGAAAAAUUACAAUAACUGUUCCAUUUUUUUCUGAUCAAUAUAGAAAUGGGCAUAUGUUAAGUAGAUAUAAUGUAACAAAAUUAUUUAUGAAAAAUGAUUUAAAAAAUAGUAAUAAAUUUGCAUCAAUUAUAAAAGAAAUGUUAGAAAAUUCUGAAUAUAAAAAUAAUUCUAUACGUUUAAAAAGAAUGAUGAAAAAAUUUCCUAAUGAUAUUAAAGAAAAAUUUUUAAAUGCUUUUAAGUUUGUUGGAGAGUUUGGUUAUAUAAAUGAAUUAGAAUUACCAUCUAAAGAAAUGUCAUAUAUUGAAUUAUAUAAUCUUGAUAUAUAUUUAAUUUUUAUUUUAAUAAUCAAUUUAAUAUUUUAUUUAAUAUAUGUAGGUACCAUUAGACUAAUAGGUAAUAUUAGAAAUGGUAAAAAGAAAGACAAUUAA